GCAGGGCUGCGUGUCAGGGCGGCCGUCCCCAUCCCGGCCCUUUGUGCAGGGAUUGUUCUGGCUCUUUCGGGGCGGCUGCGGGGCUGUGCUGAGCCAGGCCCUGGGCAGCGACCCGCUGACUCACGCCGUGUGUGGGGCUGCUGAGCUGGCAGGGACGUGGGGCCCGGCCCCCCCCUUCCCCCACACACACUGCAGCAGGGCUGGGGGCAGCUCCAAUUCCGCAGCCCCUCCUGCCCUCUCCUGCUGCCUUCAGACUGGGCAUCCCCGGUACCCUCCUGGCACUGCAGUGUGAGCAGGGCUGGUCCCAUCUGCUGCUCCCCGCCCCCCCCUUCAUCUCUGCAUUCCCUCCUUUCAUCUCUGCCUUUCAUCUCCCACCUGAGCACCUCAUGCUGGUUGUCGUGGCAACGCCCCAAAUUGCCCCUGCUUGUUGCCGUGGCACCCACAGCCAUCCUGGGGUGCCCGAGCCCGAUUUCAGACCCCUGCAGCUCCUGCCAUGGCUGUGCCCUGUUGGCAGACCUCUUGUGUGUUUUGGGGAUGCCCUGGGUGUGGGCACCCUCCCCACAUCGAGGGGGGUUGGCAGGACGAGGAGCUGGGAGGUGCCCCUGCUGCAGGCAUCCUCUGUGCUUGCCUUGGUCCUGCAGCUGCACCAUGGCCAUAGGGGAGGAGCUGCACAGCGGGCGCUUCUGGCGGGAGGUGUUGGCUGAGGCUGUGGCAACGCUCAUCUUUACUGGGGUGGUCCUGGGAGCUUCAGCUGCCCCCGGCCCCCUAGUGCCAGCCCUGGCCGGGGGGCUGGCAGCUGGGACACUGAGCUGUGCCCUCGGAGCACCCCAGGCCAACCCAGCACUCACCCUGGCACUGCUCUGCACCCACAAACUGGGUGCCCUGCGUGGAGCUGCUGUGCUGCUGGCACAGUGUGCCGGGGCUGUGCUGGCUGCCACUGCUGCACGCCUGGCACUGCCGGAUGACACCGGAAUGGUCACCAGGGUGAGUGUCCCUGUCCCUGUGCCCAUCCCGGUGCCGGUGGGUGCUGAGGCUCUGCCGUGCCCACAGGUGAGUGCAGCAGGGACAGCAGGGCAGGCAUUGUGCUGGGAGAUCUUUGCCACCUUCCAGCUGGCGCUUACCACCUUUGCCUCCACCAACCAUGAGUCUGUCCCCACCGGGCUGGCCCUGGGCUGUGCCAUCAUUGCUGGAGCUCUGACUGCGGGGCCAUUCUCGGGGGGCAGCAUGAACCCGGCCCGCUCACUGGGGCCUGCCAUCGUCACCGGCAUCUGGGACAACCACUGGGUGUACUGGGUGGGACCGGUGCUGGGUGCUGUGCUGGCUGGGCUCUGCUACGAGUUCAUCUUUGGCCCUGGUGCCUCCCGGGAGAAGCUGUGUGCCUGCCUCACCUGCCGAGACGUGGCAUUGGUGGAGACCACCACCCCUUCCCCCUCCUCACCUUCCACUGCCCCCCUCAGUGCUGCUCGUACCCCCCCAGCCUCCCAGGGCCAGGGCAUGGCCUGAUGGGAGAGCCAGGGGGCUCCUGCACUCUUGCCUCCUUCUCCCCCCCCUCAAACCAUCCUCUUCCCCAUUGGGAUUAAAGAUGACUUUAGGCCAGAGAUGAGCGCAGAGUGGUGC